AUGGAGGAGACAACACCAUCCGGGAAGCCCAUCGUUGACCGCGAGAAGGCAAGUACGGCUCCAUUUCUCGUUCGGACAUUCAUCAAAGUUGGGAGCUUUCAUCGCCUCGCCCAGUUCGAAGAGGGCCCGCUGCCCAUCGCAGACGAGCAGCAGAUAUUCACCUGGAAAGAUUCGACCCUCCGCGAGGUGCUGACGACCAUCCGGGUGACAGUGCCCGGCGCCGAGAUCCGCCACCCCCUCGCUCGCUACUCCUUCCGCGCCCUAUACGCAGACAGCGCGACGCGCGGACGGCUCAACCAGAAAGAGCUCGGCAUCGUCUACUCGCGCGACAUCCUCGGCGAGCCGGGCUCGCUGACGUCCCCCGCACCCCGCCUUCUCACCGAUGACGACGCCCCGACGGGCAGCGACGAGCGCACGCUGGAGGAGCUGCGCUUCGUUCCCGGCGACUAUCUCUGCGUCGCCGUUCUCCUGCCCAAAAACGCCACGGUCGCGGUGGGCCCCGGUGCCGAGCUCGCGAUCAAAGGCAGCGCUGGCCCCGGUGCCGCAACGAACGGCUGGAAGAGUGGCGGGCGGGGCACGGAUGGGGGCUGGGGGGGCGGCGCGGCGCCUUCCGCAGGUCCGCCUGGUGGCCUUGGACGCGGCGGAGGGCACUGGCGGGGCGAUUCGAACCCGGCGCCGUCUGGCGUGCCGCGUGGAGGGCGGGGAGGACGCGGAGAUUAUGGAGGAAGGGACAGAGACAGAGAGCGGGACAGAGACAGAGAGAGGGACAGAGACAGAGAGAGGGACAGAGACGCCGACAGACGCGUGCCUCCACCCAGGAGAGACUCCCCGCCGCCGCCGAGGAGGGGCGGUUGGGGCGACAGAGGAGGCCGAGGAGCCCGACGAAUGGCGUCGCGAUCGAGGAGUCCGCCUAGGAGGCGAGGGCCGCGAUUUGAUUGA